AUGUCGGAAUCAGCACCGCAGAUAGCUCCGCAAAAACCAAUUCCCAACCGGCUUCUGGGCCGUGUUGCUCUCGUCACUGGUGCCGCAGGAAAUAUUGGACUCGAAACGGCUUCUCGAUUUAUUCUUGAGGGGGCCAAGGUUGUGUUGGUUGAUAUUAUUGCGGAGAAACUCGCUCAGUCUAAGAAGGCUGUCAUUGAGGCAGCCAGGGAAUCAAAGUCCAGCGGAGAGAUAAAUGUUGAGCAUGCUGUUUUUACAGUGGUGGCAGAUGUUACUUCUGAAGACGAUGUGAAGCGUUAUGUGGAUGAGACUGUUGCGAGAUAUGGAAGACUGGAUGUUGCUGUUCUGUGUGCUGGGAUUUCAUACUCGUCUACGAGCAUCAUUGAAACGGACAUUGAUCAGUACGAUAAAGUGAUGCGAGUGAAUACUCGAUCUGCCUUCCUCGGUGUAAAACACUGCGGCAGAGUCAUGAAAGACGCCGGCCAAGGCGGAAGCAUCAUCCUAGUAUCCUCCAUCGCCGGGCUGCGUGCAACCCCUGGUCUCUCAGCGUAUUCGACAUCCAAAUUUGCCCUACGCGGUCUAUGCCUUACUGCAGCAGCGGAACUAGGCCAAUUCAACAUUCGCGUCAACACAGUCCAUCCCUGUGGUGUCAACACGCCCAUGUUCUUGGCUUCUUGGCCGGAGGAGAAGAUGAAGAGUAUGCUGGCUACUGUUCCGCUUGGUCGAUGGGCAGAAGUGGCAGAUGUCGCAGCGUUGGUGUCGUUUUUGGGGAGCGCUGAUAGUCAAUUCAUGACUGGGGGUGCGUUGAAGGUGGAUGGUGGAAUUGUCAUGUGUUAA